ACGGCUAAUUCUUUUCCUCCAAAAUGGCGACCCACCUCGUGUGCCGGGUUCAUCCUGUGGUCCUUUUCAGCAUUGUUGAUUCGUACGAACGAAGAAAUGAAGACUCCAAACGAGUUAUUGGCACCCUGCUUGGAUCAUAUGAGAAGGGUGCAAUAGAAGUGACAAAUUGUUUUGCUGUGCCGCACAAUGAAUCUGAUGAUGAGGUGGCCAUUGAUAUUGAGUAUGCCAGAAAUAUGUACGAGCUGUACCGCAAGGUUAAUGCAGCAGAAGUUAUCGUGGGCUGGUACUCCACCAGCGGGGAUGUGUCCAGCCACUCCGUGUUGAUCCACGAGUACUACUCCAGAGAGGCCAAAAACCCAGUACAUCUCACAGUCGACACAACCGUCAAGACCGGCAAACUUGGGAUGAAGGCAUAUGUCAGCACUCCGAUGGGAGUCCCAGGACGGACUGUUGGGACAAUGUUUACACCAGUGACUAUCGACAUCGUCAGAUAUGAGCCAGAACAGAUUGGAGUGAACGUCCUGCAGCAGGGGAAGACUGUCAACAAGAGAAGUGUGUCCAUGUCUUCGGACCUGGCACUCGUUGAGAGCUCCACGAAGAAGCUGAAGGAGAUCAUUGUACUUGUCUUAUCAUACGUCGAUGAUGUUCUGAGUGGCAAGUUGCCUGCUGACAGCAAGACAGGAAGGAUGCUGAUGAACAUCGUCACCAGUAUCCCUCACACAGACACCGAGGACUUCGAGUCCAUGCUGAAUUCCAACAUGAAGGACUUGCUGAUGGUGGUGUACCUUACAAACCUGACCAGGACACAGCUGGCCCUCAACGAGAAGCUCAGCCAGCUCUCCUCAUAACUACGGCCCUAUUUAUGUAUGCCCACCUCUGUAUCAUAGUCCACACCUCAAUAAAUCUCAGCCAGGAA